CUUUCACCUGAAAGAUGGCUGAGGACAGAGGAAAAGUAACAGAGAGAUCAGCAACAAAGCAAAAGCUACCAUGGCUGCUGCAGCUAUUCUCUGCUCCGGAGUCAUAUCCUUGCUGUUGUUGGCUAACUGUACUGUUGCUCUGUGUGAUAAACGAUUGAGAGACGCUAGGCUAAUGGAAGAAGGCGCUAGUGGUAGAAGGAAUCUGAUCCAUAAUGGCCUUGGAAGCACUCCUCAGAUGGGGUGGAACAGUUGGAACCAUUUCCACUGCCAAAUCAAUGAGACAUUAAUCAAGGAAACAGCUGAUGCAAUGGUGUCAACUGGGCUUGCUGGUGUUGGGUAUACCUACAUCAAUAUAGACGAUUGCUGGGGUGAACAAAAUAGAGAUUCCCAGGGGAAUUUGGUUGCUAAAGCAUCAACAUUUCCUUCCGGGAUUAAAGCUCUAGCAGAUUAUGUCCAUGGCAAAGGGCUUAAGCUUGGAAUUUACUCAGAUGCUGGGACGCAAACUUGUAGCAAAACCAUGCCAGGUUCACUAGGAUAUGAAGUUCAAGAUGCAAAAACCUUUGCUUCAUGGGGGGUCGAUUACUUGAAGUAUGAUAACUGUGAAGAUACGCAUGGUAUAAGCCCAGAAAAAAGGUACAAGAAUAUGAGCACAGCUCUUCUCAAAUCCGGGAGGUCUAUCUUUUUCUCUUUAUGUGAAUGGGGAAGAGAUGAUCCGGCAACUUGGGCACCAAAUUUGGGAAAUAGUUGGAGAACAACUGGUGAUAUUCAAGAUAAUUGGGAUAGGAUGACAUCUAUAGCUGAUAAGAACGACAAAUGGGCAUCUUAUGCAAAACCUGGAGCUUGGAAUGAUCCUGACAUGCUUGAAGUUGGAAAUGGUGGAAUGACUACAGAAGAAUACCGCUGCCAUUUUAGCAUAUGGGCAUUGGCUAAAGCUCCUCUAUUGAUUGGUUGCGAUAUUCGAUCAAUGGAUAAUGUAACCUUUGAAUUGCUUAGCAAUAAAGAGGUUAUUGCAGUCAAUCAAGAUGAACUUGGAGUGCAGGGGAAAAAGGUGAACAAGACGGGGGAUCUUGAGGUAUGGGCGGGCCCCUUGGCUGAGAACAAGGUGGCUGUGGUGUUAUGGAACAGAGGAUCUUCCACAGCAAAUAUUACUGCAUAUUGGUCUGACAUAAGGCUAAACUCCUCUAUUGUUGUCGAUGCUCGGGAUUUGUGGAUGCAUUCUUCACACUCAUCCGUGCAAGUUCAGCUUUCUGCUCGAGUGGAUUCUCAUGCUUGUAAAAUGUACACUCUUACACCCCACUAAGCGUUCAAUUUGAAUGCUAAAAAAAUUUAGAUGCACAUGGCAAUGCAUGCAGAAAAAAAAGGAACCAUGUGUAGAAAAAAAAUAAAAACAUGAAUUCUUGUACUCGAAGGGUUUAACAUGAAUAGUUGUAUUUAUAGAUCAUAAAAUUCAAAACAAUAA